AUGCCAGGGGUCGAGGCUCGAGGCUCGAGGCCAGAGGGCCGAGCUCCGAGGUUCGAGGGCCGACGACCGAGGAUCGAGUACCCAGGGUCGACUGCCGAGGAUCGAGAACCGAGCGCCGCCCAGCCCAGGAGCCUGCACCCGCCGCCGCCAGCCGCGGGAGACCCCAGGGAGGCGGUGCUCGGCAGGGACCUGCAGGUCCGCCACGUCGUGCUCCAGGCCGCCCACGGCGCCCUGCAGCUGGAGCACGAGGCGCUGCGGCAGAGGGCCGCCGAGCUGGAGCGGCGGGAGCGGGAGAUGGAGAAGACCUGGCAGGCGGCGGCGUGGUCGAG